GUUUACUCUCUCUCUCUCUCUCUCUUUCAUUUUCUCUCUAAUUAAUGUUGAUAAUAAUGGGAAGGAGAGGUCCUGUGAUAUGGGUGUUCUUAAUGUGUUGCAUCUUUGGUCAAAUAAUUGUAAGUCACAACAAUGGUUUUGUUGAAGCCAAGAGAUUUUCUAAAUUUGAUGAUUUAGAAAUCGCGAAGAGGCUAAAGGCUAUGAACAAACCCGCGGUCAAUAUCAUCAAGACUAUAGAUGGAGAAAGCUACGGGUGUGUGGAUUUCUUCAAGCAACCAGCAUUUGAUCAUCCUUCUAUGAAAAAUCCCGCAAACCUUUACAAGAUGCGUCAAUUAUGGGAAGGAAUGAGAAAUCAGACAAACGAUGGUGAAUUUGGUUACUUAUGGGAGAAUGGUGUUGGUUGUCCCAUUGGUACGGUCCCAAUACAAAGAGUCACCAAAGAGGAUCUUUUGAGAUUAGACUCAUUGGACGAUAAUCAUAAACCCCGUGGCUCUUGGAACACUACCAAUGGUGAUCCUAGUAGUCCUAUGUAUUACGACCAACAUCAUUAUGCGGUAGCUAGGACGAAGUACACAGGAAGGAAGUUCCAUGGAGCAACAAUGGAACUCUGUAUAACCGCGCCUACGGUUAAGCCGAGGCAAUACAGUGCUACUCGAAUUCACAUGCAGAUCGGAAAGGAAUUUAUCCAAGUCGGGUUGACUGUAAAUCCAGUAUUGUACAAAGACCACCAACCUCGGACUUUCGUCUAUACAUAUGUACAUGGUAAAUCAUGUUACAAUAGUUACUGCACCACUGGGAUGUCAGUCGUUCGUAGAGACUUUCCACUUGGUACGGCAAUAAAGCCAGUAUCUGUCCGUGGUGCUAAUAUGACUUACUAUGGAACCUUCCGUCUAGUCCAGGACAACAAAUAUGGAAUUUGGUGGUUUCAAUAUGGUAAAAAGGCUUUAGAUGUUGGAAUUUGGCCGGAUUAUUGGUUUGAUCAAAGCUAUGGAAAUUUGAUCGAGUGGGGUGGAGAAGUGUACAGCGCCUAUCAGCCUAGUCCUCAAAUGGGAUAUGGAUAUUUUCCUGUUGAGAGCGUCCGUUACGAUGCGUAUAUGCAACACAUAUCCGUGCUCGACAGUAAUUUUAACAUAGACCGCAAUGUGAGCUAUCUCGAAGACUCUUCGGAUGCCACUCGAGGCUAUAAAGUGAUAGACUCGACAGAUCCUAAACAUGAAGGCGGUCAUGUAAUCUUUUAUGGUGGUCCAGGCAAUAUAUGAAAAUGAUUAGAUCUUUGUAAUAUGAAAACUCAAAACAUUAUAUUGACUUGACCUUUACAAUAAAUAACGCCUUCACAGGUUUCUCCUAAA